AUGAGCGACUCCGCCUCCGUCUAUGAGCCUGAUGACGACCCCGAGUCCGAGUCCGACUUCGAACAAUCCGAGCCUGAAUCCGAACUCGAGCAACGUUGCCCAUCCAGUGAACGCUCUCCCACCCCGGAUGAGGAUUUGGACGAAUAUGAUUACCACGAUGACCCUUCAUUCGAAGGGAUUGAACGACAACUCGGUGAUGCGCUCAUGGGACGCGAUCCGCAAAUGCGUGGAUCGCUCAGAUUUCUCCGAGCCUACUCCCACCUCAUUGUGCAAAACGAGGAGCUUAUUGAUUAUUCCUCGCUGAGGGAAACUGAGCACACAUACCAUCUCAGUCAAUAUGGCUCAAUGGUCUGGACGCCUGUGGAGAAAGAAGUGUUUUUCAAUGGCCUGGACCGGAAGGGCAAAGGCGGCAUCAAAGAGAUCGCUGCUGCAAUUGGUACCAAGUCGGAACUGGAGGUUAUGGAAUACAUCCGAAUGUUGCAUAAGUCCUUGAGGGCGCAGUAUGAUUCAGACGUGCACCUGGAGCGCAUGCCUGUUCUAAGCGAUGUCCCGGCGGCCACAGAGGUCAGCCAGGAAUGCUGCGAGCUACUCGAGGAAUAUGGGGACGUUCUAGUAUUGAAAGAGUCUCUCGGUGAAGCCCAAGUUGGAACGAAGCAACACGGAGACAACUGGAUUAUCACGACUGCUCAUGCACAGAAGAUGGCCGACGAGGAGAACAGCAGUGCCCGCGGUGACCUCCGUCUUGCAGCUGAUCUGCUAAGCCUUCCGGACUGGGUUCGGCUUUCUUAUAUUUUGUUCAUGAAUUUUGGUGGCAAACAAGCGGAGAAUAAUUGGUGGAAUCUUGCCAAAAGGAAAGACCUAAUCACAGCUUAUGGACAUAGACCGUCUAUGACUGCAGAUACUGCUGUGGACUUCUACUCUCUCGCUGUCAGUAUCACACGCCGCUUGGUCCAAUCAUCUCUCUUCUUUGCAAUGUCAAGGUUGCGCAGCACGAAUCGCAGUGGGAAUGAUAGAAAAGGGUAUGUUCGCACGCAAGAUGUGCGGGCCGCCAUUGAAGUGCUCAACAUGAAGCACCGCAGGCCCAAUCUAUUGGACGUUGCUCGUCGCAAUGAAACGGUCCUAGAAGACAUCAACAACCGGAAAGGCUGGGUUCCUACAGUAUUCACCUACGAAGAAGCCGAGGAGAUCAUCGAAAGACACGAAUGGACCCGGUACCGCAAAGAUGGAACCAUUUACAAUGGUGAAAUCGAUGACGACGACAGCGAAGGCGACGAGGAUGCCAUCGACGAUGACGUUGAAAUGGGCGACGAUAUCGGAGCAGACGAUGACAUCGAAAUGGGAGCCAACGAACAAGAGGCGGAACAAGAGCCAACGCCAGAACCGGAACCUGAAUCGGAACCAGAGUCCGAAGUUGAGUCUGAAGCAGAUUCAGAGCUAGAGGGCAUUGAUCACGAUCGUGUGCGCACGCAAGACUUUGGCGAAACAUCUGCGCCGGCUGCACCGUCAGUCGAGCUGGAAAUGGACCCCGAAGAAGAGCAAGCAGAUAUUGUGGACCUAAACGCCAGCCAUCGCCAAGAGGCCAACUUUCUCAAGUUAAUGGAGCAACCUGUGCCGGACUUCCUUGACGAAGAACCAAUGAAGACAGAGGAAGCUGACGAAGAUACCAAGACACUGCCCGAGCGCAGAAUCAGAGAAGAUAUCUCCAAUUGGCGGGAUCGGAUCGUCUACCGCAAUGAGUGGGAGGAAUACGGGUACGAUUAUGCCGAGCUGAAGGACAACAUGGAAAUGCCUCCGCUGAAAAGGGCAAGAUACAACGAACCUGAAGUUGCUCUCCCUGUUCCAGUUCUUUUGAGCGAGGCCGCAAUCGAUGAAAGCGAGGACGAAGAGCAUGGAUCUUAG